ACGUAGGUAAAUUUACAUAUAUCAGUAAAAUAUUAAUUAUGACUUAUUUUAAAACCACUUUUUAUACGCUAAUAAUAUAUAUAAUUUUAGAAAUCAUCCAAAACAAGCAAGUUAACAAAGAAGUGGAGGUCAUCGACAUUUCUGGUGAUAUCGAUGACCCACCAAUUAUCUGGGAACGCUUUCCCGACUAUGUCAUUGAUAUCAACGACCCAGCGAUUAAUUGGGAAUAUUACCCCAUUGCCGAGAUUCCUCUCCAGAAACGAGUGAUCCCACCGUUCAUGAUUCACCCUCCAGAAUAUUCUAGAGUAUUCGAGACAUUCCGAAAACUAUGCAAAAAAAACUUUUCUAAUGUAUGCGUACCUAUGUAGAUACUUUGAUGGGAAAUAAAAAGAGAAACAUUAAUACAUUAAAAAAAAUGUUUAUUUAUAAAGGUUUACAACUCUCUCCGGGCGCUGAGACCACCAAUUGAAUAUUUUUAAUACAUUCUGUAAAGCACAA